GCAGUUGCAGUGGUGCAGAAUGGCUGACCUCAGUCUUGCAGAUGCAUUAACAGAGCCACCUCCAGAAAUUGAGGAAGAGAUAAAACGAGACUUCAUUUCCACGCUGGAGGCAGAGGCCUUUGAUGAUGUUGUGGGAGAAACGGUUGGAAAAACAGACUAUAUUCCUCUACUGGAUGUUGAUGAGAAAACCGGGAAUUCGGAGUCAAAGAAGAAACCAUGCUCAGAAACUAGCCAGGUUGAAGGUACUCCAUGCUCUAAAGCAACAGGGCUAGCCAAUGGUGACCACGGAAUGGAAGGGAUUGACACUGCGGGGUCUCCAACUCAAUUCCUUGAUGAGAAAAUGACCUUCCAAGGAUAUCAGAACAUCCAGAACUGGCCAGAAAAUACAAACUUCUGCUUCGAACCUGAACAGUUAGUGAAUCCUCCCCAGACUGAUCCCUUUAAGAUGCACCAUGAUGAUGGCCUGGAAGAUUUUCUCUAUCUCCCCAGCGGAACAACCAAUGCUUCAGCAUUUACAGAACAAAACAAUCCCCUACAAGACAGUUAUGGUCUGUUUCCCUGUGACACAUUUGCUCCUGCAAAUAAUGUGCCUCAGGGGUGGCCUGUGGAAGCCCCAAACUCUGCACACCCAGAAUCCUUCAUUUCCCCAAUGGCCACGACACAGCCUCUGCAGCCCACGGCAGACCUGGCUGAAGAGAUAGAAGUGAAGAAGAGAGCAGAAGAGAGGGCACCAACAGAAGCAUUGGAAAUCAUGAUGGGACUGAAGGCUGAUGACAUGACACCAUCUAGAGAAACAGAGAUGUCCCCAGCCAAGGACAUGGCACCAGCCACAGAAACAGAGGUGGCAUUGUUUAAAGACAUGGAACCUUCUACCAAAUCAGAUGUGACACUGGCUGAGACCAUGGAAUCAGAUAUGGUUCUAGUCAAGGACAUGGUACUACCCAGAGAAACAGAAGAAGCCCCGGUGAAGGAUGUCAUUUUGUCCACAGAAACAGAUCUGUCUUUAGCCAAGGACAUGGUACUGCCUACAGAAACUGAGGUAGCCCCAGCUAAGGAUGAAAUACCAUUCAAAGAAACGGAGAGGGCACCACCUAUAAAAAUGGAUUUCUCCCCAGAUGAGGGCAUGGUAGCACCCACACACAGACAGAUGACCCCAGCCAAGGGUGUGGAAUCACUUUCAGAAACAGAAGUGGCACUGGUUAAGGACGCUGUAUCACCCACAGUAACAUCCUCAGCCAAGGAAGUGACCUCGUCCUCAGAAACAGAGGUGGCCCUGACUGGGGAUAUGGCACUGCCCCCAGAAACCAAGGUUAUCUUGACCAAGGAUGAGGCACUGCCCCCGGAAACGAAAGUGGCCCCAGUCAAGGAUACGGCUCCACAUCCAGAUACAGAAAAGGCCCCAGUGAAAGACAUGGCUCCAUCCCCAGAAACAGAGAUGGCCCCGGGCAAGGAUGCAGCUCUACCCCAAGAAACAGACGUGGCUCUGGCCAAGGACCUGGCUUCACCUCUAGAAACAGAGAUGGCGCUGGGCAAGAAUGUGGCUGUGCCCCCAGAAACAGAAGUAACCCUGAUCAAGGAUAUGCCUCAGCCCCCAGAAACGGAGAUAGCCCUGGCUAAGGAUAUGGCUCUGCCCUCUGGGACAGAGGUCACCCUGAGUCCAGCCAAGGAUAUUGUACCACCCUCAGAAAUGGAGGUGGCAGCUGUUCCAGUUAAGGACACGGAAAUUGCGCAGACACAGGAAGAAGCACGUGAGGAGGCCCAGUUAAAAUCUCCCCGGGAUGAGGGGCAGUCGGCUACUUUUAUCAUUUCACCAGAACCAGUUACAGCCAUGGGCCAAAAGUACAGCAUGCCAACAGAUGAGGAUUCUGUGUUAAAGAAACAAGAAGAAAAGACACCUUUCAAUAGUCAGCCUUCUGAAGUGUCUUCAGAGAGCUCAGGUACCGCUCCCACACAAGGCAAACAAGUGUGCAGACCCAGUGACCGCAGGUCCGCUCGGCCCAGGCCUGCCAGGGUCCCUCCUGAGCUGCUGGGAGUCUCUUCUCCACGGAAGACUCUUGAUCCUGGGCCGGGACCCUGCUCUCUGUCUGAGCUGGGUUGGGUCUCUGGUCCAUCUCCUUGUGGUGAGCCUGGGAUCCAAAGGAAAACUGUUCAUGUUGGCUUCCUUGAACCCAAGAGAGAUUUUGGCAGGGAAGCCUGGGAUAUAGAAAGCCCACCAAUGAUGAUGAAGAAAAAAAAGAAGAAACCAAAGCAAAAGAGAUAUUCUCAACCCCGGGCUGGGGGACCUUGGGAUGAUGACAGUGUAUAUGACCAUAAAGGUCAUCCCUUUGCAGCUGACCCACAAAAGUCAGGCGUUCUCCCCAGCUUAUCUACCACUAUGGGCAUGGAAGGUGGACCAGCCUCCAGAGAAACCUUAAAAAAGGAGUAUGAAAUGGAGACCACGGCUGCCAAACUGGUAGCUGACAACAUAAUCUCAGAAAGUCUCAGUGUUCCUUUGUGUCCCUUGGAGGAACCCCCCAAGACUGCAGGAAGUUCUCAGCCCAAGCCAAGAAUAGAAGCAGAGGUCAAAGGUAACAAGUCAGUACCACUGGGCCAGGACCAGAAAUCACUGCAGCAAGAUGAACGCAAAUCACAGCCUGCACCCCAUCCAAAGACCCCUGUGGAUAAAAACCAGACAGUAGUAGGCUCACCUGAUCUGAAAGGACCCCUGACAGAAGGUUCUGUACACAGAGUAGAAAUUCCUUUGGAGAUCAGACCCAAAGAGAGUUGCUCUCCUGUCUUGGACCAAGAGGCUGUGGGUGGGGGUUCCAAACCCAUAGCAGGAAAAGUACUGCCUAAUCUGGUUCCCACUUCCCCAACUGGUACCUCAUUAGGAAGUAGUCUAAAAGAAGGUAAUGACGAAAGUAAGGUGACUGAAUUGCAGAAAGACAGACAGAAAGAGUUUUCUGAAGGAGCUGAAGAGAUUAAAGAACUAACAAAGGAAGCUUUUCCCAAGCAAAAACAAGAGAUGAGCAUCUCAGCUUCCAAGCAGCUGCAGGACGAGGUGUUAGUUCAGGUGCCUGAGCUAGGGAAUGAGCCGUCUCAGAGAAUGGCAGGGGACGGCAGAAGCAGGAAGGGAAGGGCAGGUUCUGGGAAGGUGAGAGCCAGUUCUGGGAAGGGUAGAGCAAGAUCUGAGCCACAAUUUCUUCUGGAGAGCUGGAAGGAUGGCCCAGCUUUCCUUGCACCAAGCGAGUCAACCCCUAGAACUGAAAGAAUGACUGCUGGGCAAAAGGGUGAGGAGCUGGGUUCUUCACAGCGACCAGGGACCACAGCGGAUCUCCCUGAGGCAGUGGUGAUGGGGAAGCCUAUGGAGACAGCUGACCCUAAAGGGGCAAGCACCUUGCAAACAUUAGUUCAUUUGGGAAACGGGUCAGGCAUGACUCAGACUUCCGGUGCUAGAGCAGAACAAGGAGCUGCAGCCGUAGAUAUGGGUGUCAGUAACCAGAGCAAGGAAGGAAAGUGUCCUUGGAUAGAUAGUGAGGCAGCUGCAGCUCCCUGGAUUUAUGAAAAGCCUAAAAAAAAGAGUGGUGAGGGCAAACCCAAAAAGUUCAAAAAUAAUUAUCCCACACAACCUGCUCUAAUGGAGAGCAAGGAAGAAAUCCCCAGCCUACCUUUUGAAGGGAAAGAUAGAGAUGCUGGUAGCACUCCUCAUCAGAACAAGGAUUUAGGACUCCCUUUCCCCUUAACCCAUGAUCCUCUGUUCUCACAAGCAUUAGCUAUUCCCACAGUGGAAGUAGGUGACCGUAAGGGGAGAAAUGUUGAGGUUAAUUCUUUUGAGCUUGGGACUCUUGGUGGGAACAAAACAAACACAGUCAGGGACUCUGCUGUUAUUGAACCAGCUACCAAGGUGACAGAUGUGAGCUGCCAAGACCAAAUCCAGGGGGCAGGAUUUGUUCCUUCAGUACUGUCUGAGGAGAAUAAGACAGAUGCAGCCAGGGGACACACUGCAGUGGCUGACAAACCAAAUAAAAGGAGCAAUGAUGGAAAAAGUAAAAAGGUUAAAAAUAGUUUUCCUGAGAAGCAUCUUCUGGAGAAUAAGAUAGAUGCAACAAAAAUACAUGUUCCCAUGGAAACCACAGGGGACCACAGAAUUGAAGGAAUGGGCUAUGUGGACGAAAAUAGAAAUAUUACAUUUACCUGCCCCAGAACACCACCAGGGCUAAUGAAUAAGUCAGCCCCUCCAGAGGCUCGAGAGUCAGCAGCCUGUGAAGGACCGCCCACUCCUGCUUCUCAAGUAGUAAAGGAGGGUGUUUCUUUUCCAAAGAGCUUGGCAGAAAGUGGGCAAGAGACCACUCUGGCCCAGAUAUCCAAAUCAUUAGUGGUGAAUAACUGCAGCAAAGAUGGAGUCCCAGAUCAAGAAAGACCCAAGGGCCCCUCGGCUGUUAUGCCUUCUACAAGCAUGGGAGGAAGAGUUACCCUAACUUCUACAGCAGCCACAGAAACCGUUAACAGUCAGGGAGAAAGGUGUCUUAAGAAUAAAGGUGAGCUUGCUGAUCCCAUGAAAACUGAAGCAGGGAUAGAGGGAAGACAUGUGAUAGGAGAAUCUGAGUCAGGGCCCAGUGGUGUAUCUAAGCAUUCAGUAGAAAAAAUGACUGAGCUCGCAAAAGAACACCUUCUUCCUGGAGUGCCAAGAGAAGACCAAAGCCUAACAGGUGAGGUCAGAGUCCUAGAAAUGUGUGCAGAUAGGAAUAAUUUUCCAGUACACCCAGUUACCAAAAGGGAAGAGUCUGAGGAAGGUGCUGCUCCAGUUCAAAUCCCUGACUUAUUGGGAAUCAAAGCACAAAAGCCCAAUUUGUGUGAGGACCAAAAUGCUGACAGUAGCAAUUCCAAGGACCCAGAUGGUUUGAAUAAGGAGGCAGAUAGGGCUCUUUUGCCUCCUAAAAGUGAAAAAAACAAAGUGGAAGAAGUUAGCCUGACUUCUCAAAUCACUGAAUCAGAUUUGAUUUCCUUGGCAACACCAGAAUUCCAGUCCAAUUCCUUGGAUGACAAAGCUGCGGCUACCCCAUUGCAGGUGGUAGAUCAGUUAGUAGUGACUGCUUCUGAGGAUCUUGGGCUCCCAGAGCCCAAAGAUAAGAUCUUGGAGGCACCUGACACAGUGACUGAAAAGUCUGAACCCAAGGCACCAGGAGAAGGGAAGAAGGAAGAUAAAGGUAGAGUGGCAGAACCGAUGAAAGGCUACAUGAGACCUACCAAGUCCCGAGGCCUGACUCCACUUUUGCCAAAGUCUGCAGUCCAGGAACGAGACAGAGCCAAGCAACUGAAGUCCAGCGGAAUAAGCAAGCCCGAAGAAGGACGGCCUGCUGGGAGUGUGACCGGAAAUGACAUCACCACCCCUCCAAACAAGGAGCUCCCACCAAGCCCAGAGAAGAAAACGAAGCCUCUGGCCACCACUCAACCUGCAAAGACUUCAACAUCGAAAGCCAAAACUCAGCCCACUCCUGUCCCCAAGCAGCCGGCUCCCACCACCUUUGGUGGGUCGAAUAAAAAACCCAUGAGCCUUGCUGCGGGCUUCGUGCCGGCUGCCCCGCCCAAACGCUCUGCCGCCACCACUGCCAGGCCUUCCACCUUACCUUCAAAAGACGCAAAAUCUAAGCCUGUUGCAGAGGCGAAGAUUCCUGAGAAGCGGGCCUCCCCAUCCAAGCCAGCGUCUGCCCCAGUCCUCAGGCCUGGCACAAAGAGCACCCAGACCGUUCCAAAAGCCACAGCGGCUGCCACUCCGGCCUCAGCUGGGCCAAGCAGCAGGAGCCCCCCGAUGCCUGUGCCCAAGAGGCCCACCACCAUCAAGACUGAGGGAAAGCCGGCAGACAUGAAGAAGACGGCUACGAAGUCUGCACCAGCUGACUUGAGUCGCCCCAAGAGCACCUCUACCACUUCGGUGAAGAAGAACACCACUGUCCCCGGGGCAGCCCCAGCAGCAGGGGUGGCCCCCAGCCGAGCCAAGCCCACAUCCACCCCUCCUCGGUCCUCUGGGACUCCUUCCUCGGACAAGAAGCCCACGUCGGCCAAGCCCAGCUCUUCUGCACCGAAGCUGAGCCGCCUUUCCACCAAUGCUUCCACCCCUGAUCUGAAGAACAUCCGCUCCAAGGUCGGCUCCACAGAAAACAUGAAGCAUCAGCCUGGAGGAGGCCGGGCCAAAAUAGAGAAAAAAACAGAGGCAGCUGCUACAGCUCGAAAGCCUGAACCCAAUGCAGUCACUAAAACAGCCGGUCCAAUUGCGAGUGCGCAGAAACCACCUGCUGGGAAAGUCCAGAUAGUCUCCAAAAAAGUGAGCUACAGCCAUAUUCAGUCCAAGUGUGGUUCUAAGGACAAUAUUAAGCAUGUCCCUGGAGGUGGUAAUGUUCAGAUUCAGAAUAAGAAGGUGGACAUCUCUAAGGUCUCCUCUAAGUGUGGGUCCAAGGCUAACAUCAAGCACAAACCUGGUGGAGGAGAUGUCAAGAUUGAAAGUCAAAAGUUGAACUUCAAGGAGAAGGCCCAGGCGAAGGUGGGAUCCCUCGAUAAUGUGGGCCACCUGCCUGCAGGAGGUGCUGUGAAGAUUGAGACCUACAGGCUGACGUUCCGGGCAAACGCCAGGGCUCGCACCGACCACGGGGCUGACAUUGUCUCCCGUCCCCCCUACUUCCCUGGCGGCCCCACCUCAGGCACCCGGGCCCUAGGCUUCCUCACCCGGGCUGCUCUAUAGACCCUACACAGCUUGGGUGCUGGGCAGUCCUCUGGGCCCCCACCCCUUCCCCCUGCCUUGCUUCCCCAGGGCAGCAGCAGGCCUGCCCCCCAAGACCUCCUCCAGUCCCUGCACUGGGCCCAGCUCUUUGCUUCGUUCCUGUCCCACCAUUGCGCACUGCUCUGCAGAUGAGGUUGGGAGGUGGUGGGAAGGCUCACUUGGGAUCUCGUGGGAUCUAGGAGGGGGAUCCAGACUCCAACCUUGUCUUUGGGUUUUCCGGACCAAACCCAAGAGAAACUGACAUGCCUGCCCUCCUCGCUGGCUCCACCUGGAGGGAAGAGUGGAAGUGGAUGGCCGCGUGGUGGCAGGGUGCUGCCUGCGUCCCCUGAAGCCCUCUAAGCCGCCGCCUCUCCCCUCGACCCCACAGUGAUGCCCACCAUGCAGGUGGGGCCAGGUGCCUCUUGCUGCCCUGCCCCAAGCUAGUUAGGGGUUGGUUCUGCCUGUCCCCGCUGCUUCCCGUACCUGCCUAGCUGCUGCCACACUUCCCUUUCUCUUGUUUUAUCCUUUUUUUUUUUUUUAAUAACGUAAAAACUGGUAGGAGUUUUGCAGGUUGAAGCCAUGUGUAAAUGGAAGUUCUCAGUAGGUGUUAAAGGAAAUAGGGAGGGGAGAUCCUUAAGCCUCCAGCCGGGAGGUCAGGCAUCAGGGGCUGCCUUGGCCUGGGCAGCUUGGGGCCCCAGAGAAGAGUGGGCAGGGCAGGGGGGAUGCAGGGGCUGUGGCCUGGUGAGCACAGGGCACACUGGGGGCUGGUCAGAGUGGGGACUGGUUGUUCUGGUAUUUUGUGUGUAUGCUGCUUUUCUUUUCUAACCAAGAGGCUGGUUUUGGCAUCUCUGUCUGUCUCAUUCCCUGGGAUCUCGUGGGAGAUGCAAGGUCAGGGCUAGAGAAACAGGGAAGGGCCAUGGAGGUCAAAAUCCUCCAGGCUUGCAGGCCUAUGACACUAGAGCCCUCAGUCACUGGGGACCCCCAGAUGUCCAGAACUCAUGUGGAUGGGGAAUCAGGUAUGGAAAUUAAAAAAUAAAAGCGUGAGACAGGCCACCUCCCUACCCUUACAGCUGUCUGACUAGAGUGGGGAGAGGCGAGGCCAGCCUGUGGAGGGGUGUCCCAGCCAGGGCCGGUCUUGGGAUGGCUGCAAUGAUGAGAAAUCCCGGGAAUUGUAUUGACACGAAGAUUCUUAUUGCACUUGUAUUUUUUUUUUGUAUUAAAGUUUGCAUGGUUUCUAAUAAAGGAUUAAAAUAUAACAGUUUGUAGUGAAAUGGCCGGGAGUUUCCCAGGGCUUCUCCUCCGGAAGAGCAUUUUCUGCAGUGCAGACUUGCCCCUGAGGAGGUGGCCACAGACUCGGCCCCUCAUCCUCCCGCUGCCGCUCCCAGUGACGCUUGGAGCUGAGAAGGUAGGGGCUCUUGACUUAGUUUCAGAUUUGAUCUCCAUAUAGAGGGAGGGCCUCAGGGCCAGCGGGUUCUCCCACUUCUGAGGUUGCAUUUUCCUUGGGGAGAUUUGAUGCCACAUCCCCAGCUCCCCAAGCACAUAACUGUGGGGCUGGUGGAGAACGUGUUCCCCGAGCCAAAGACUGAAGAACGCUUUGUGCCAAGGACAUCAGGGCACCCAUGUUUUGUCAGCAGGAGAAAGCAGCAGAUGAAGCAGUAGUGCAGGGCCUGAAGGUACCUGUGCCCUCCUCGUGUUAGCCCCAGGCCCACAUGGAUGUUGAGGUUGACAACUGGCUCCGGGUCCAAGGGUAGAGGUGGGAGAGGUGACCCUAGCAGAGCACUCUCCUUGUGGGCUGGAGUGGUGGUUUUUCUGAGGGGUGGGCUUGUCCAACCAGCUCCCCUGAAGGGUCCCCCAAGCCAGAGAAGCUGAGAAGGCUGCCCUGACAGUUGGGGACCAGACGCUCCUGUGCGCUGUGUACUGCCUGCAGCCGUUUGGGGGUACGUUUCUGUACUUCCGGUUUGCUUAUGGCUCAGCCAUUGCCCGUGUCAAUCUGUGAUUCUGUUGUACCGAUUUCAAAAGUAAAUAAAGCUCGUGAUGUCCCACCGUG